GGUCAUUAACAUCUCUCAGAUUGGCCAGAAAGCAGUCACCAGCCCUUGGGCUGCUUUCUGUGGAUUGCUCUCUUCAGCCUUUAUUGCUAGGCCAUUCUUCAGAGCCACUGCGAACCAGCUGCAGCAGACAAUGAGAUGGCGAGACGCAGGUGUAAGAAGUUCAGCACUUUGGAGCUCGUGCUCAUUGUCCUGCUGCUCGCGCUGUUCAUCAUCGCUGUGGUUCUAAUUGUGCUCUUAGCCAACUCUGCACCGCCAAAUGACCCUGACACAACUGGCACUCCAGACUCUACAGUCACUAGGACCACUCCUGACUCUCCCAGCUGCCCAGUGCUGAGUGAGUUGGAACGGAUAAAUUGCAUCCCUGACCAGUCAUCUGACAAGGCCACGUGUGAGCAGCGUGGCUGCUGCUGGGAUGCCCAGGGAUCCAUCCGUGUUCCUUGCUACUAUUCCAGGAAUCAUGGCUAUAAAAUGGAGAGUGGUCCUGUAAACACAAAUGCAGGAUUCACAGCCCAGUUGAAAAACUUACCUUCUGCAUCCUUGUUUGGAAAUGACAUCGAAAACAUACUGCUCACAGCAGAGUACCAGACAUCGAAUCGCUUCCACUUUAAGUUGACUGACCAAACCAAGAAAAGGUUUGAAGUGCCCCAUGAACAUGUUCAACCAUUCAGUGGAAAUGCUGCUUCUUCCUUGAACUACAAAGUGGAUGUCUACAAGGAGCCAUUUAGCAUCAAAGUCACCAGAAAAAGCAAUAAUCGUGUGCUGUUUGACUCAAGCAUUGGGCCCCUCAUCUUCUCUGACCAGUUCCUGCAGCUCUCCACCCACCUGCCAAGUGCUAAUAUAUACGGUCUGGGUGAACAUGUGCACCAGCAGUACCGACAUGACAUGAAUUGGAAGACCUGGCCCAUGUUUUCCAGAGACACGACUCCCAAUGACGAUGGAAGUAACUUGUAUGGUGUGCAGACAUUCUUCCUGUGCCUUGAAGAUAAUAGUGGAUCAUCCUUUGGGGUGUUUCUGAUGAACAGCAAUGCCAUGGAGGUUACCCUUCAGCCUACCCCAGCAAUCACAUACCGCACCAUUGGGGGAAUUCUGGAUUUCUAUGUGUUCUUGGGGAGCACACCUGAGCAAGUUGUCCAAGAAUAUCUAGAGCUCAUUGGGAGGCCAGCUCUGCCGCCAUACUGGGCACUUGGAUUUCAGCUCAGCCGGUAUGAUUAUGGAACCCUAGAUAAUAUGAAAGAAGUUGUGAGGAGAAACCGUGAAGCACAACUGCCUUAUGAUGUUCAGCAUGCUGACAUUGAUUAUAUGGAGCAGAGGAAGGACUUUACUUAUGACCGAGUGAAUUUUAAAGGCUUCCCAGAAUUUGCGAAGGAACUACACAACAACGGGCAGAAGCUUGUUAUCAUUUUGGAUCCAGCCAUUUCCAAUAACUCACUCUCAAGUAAUCCCUAUCUCCCAUAUGAAACAGGCUCAACAAUGAAAAUCUGGGUGAAUAGUUCUGAUGGCGUAAACCCACUCAUUGGAGAGGUCUGGCCUGGAACAACUGUGUUUCCCGAUUACACCAAUCCAAACUGUGCUGUUUGGUGGGCAAACGAAUGUGAACUUUUCCACAAGGAAGUGGAGUUUGAUGGAAUUUGGAUUGAUAUGAAUGAAGUCUCCAACUUCGUCGAUGGUUCAUUGUCAGGAUGUUCCAAAAAUAACCUCAAUUACCCCCCAUUCAUACCAAAGAUCCUGGAUGGGCGCUUGUUCUCUAAGACUCUUUGCAUGGAUGCAAUUCAGCACUGGGGCAAGCAGUAUGAUGUCCACAAUCUGUAUGGCUACUCCAUGGCCAUCGCCACAGCACAAGCUGUGAAGACCGUGUUCCCAGACAAGAGAGGCUUCAUCAUAACACGGUCCACCUUUGCGGGUUCUGGCAAGUUUGCAGCCCACUGGUUAGGAGACAACACUGCCACCUGGAAGGACCUCCAGUGGUCCAUCCCAGGCAUGCUUGAGUUCAACCUUUUCGGUAUCCCAAUGGUGAGGGCCGAUAUAUGUGGCUUCGCCCAGGACACAUAUGAAGAGCUCUGCACACGCUGGAUGCAGCUGGGUGCGUUUUAUCCAUUUUCCAGGAAUCACAAUGGUCAAGGCUUCAUGGACCAAGAUCCUGCCUCAUUUGGAAACAAUUCCUUGCUGUUAAAUUCGUCUAAGCAUUAUCUUAACAUCCGCUACACUCUGCUACCUUACCUCUAUACUCUCUUCUACCGUGCACACAGCCGGGGAGACACCGUAGCUAGGCCUCUUCUGCACGAGUUCUACGAGGACAGCAAGACUUGGAACAUAGAUCAGCAAUUUCUGUGGGGACCAGGCCUCCUCAUCACCCCUGUUCUGGAUGAGGGUGCACAGAAAGUGGCAGUCUAUGUACCCGAUGCCAUCUGGUAUGACUACGAGACCGGAGAGAAACUGUUAUGGAGAAGGCAAAGCAUUGAGAUGGAACUUCCUGGAGACAAAAUCGGACUUCACCUCCGAGGAGGCUACAUCUUCCCCACACAACAGCCAGCCACAACCACAGUAGACAGCCGGAAGAACCCUCUUGGUCUUAUCAUUGCGCUGGAUGAGCACAAAGAAGCAAGAGGAGAGCUGUUCUGGGAUGAUGGGGAAACAAAGUAUACUGUGUUCAAAAACACUUACCUUUUCAGUGAAUUUUCUGUCACCCAAAACCGUUUGGAUGUGACAAUCUCAAAUCCAAACUACAGGGAUCCCAAUAAUCUGGCAUUCCAGGAAAUUAAAAUCCUUGGGACACAGGAAAUUCACAAUGUUAGAGUGAACCAGAAUGGUGCCCCUAGUCAAAUGUCUCCUCAAGUCAGUUACAAUUCAAACCUGAAGGUUGCCACCAUCACAAAUAUUCAACUCAUGCUGGGAGAAGCAUAUACAGUCGAGUGGGACAUCCGAAUAAGUGACCAGGAAAAGAUAGACUGCUAUCCAGAUGAGCACGGUCUUUCUGAGACAAACUGCACUGCUCGUGGCUGCAUCUGGGAGGUAUCCAGCUCUUCAGGGGUCCCUUUUUGCUACUUUGCCAAUGAGCUGUACUCAGUCAGCAAUAUUCAGUAUCACCCACAGGAGGCCACAGCCAACAUCUCCUUAAAGGCUUCUCCUUAUAGCAAUGCCUUCCCCUCUACACCCGUGAGUCAACUGCAGCUGAGAGUGACCUACCACAAGGAUAACAUGCUACAGUUUAAGAUCUAUGAUCCUAACCACAAUCGAUAUGAAGUCCCAGUCCCUCUGAACACUCCCAGUGCUCCAUCCAGCACCCCUGAGGGUCGUCUCUAUGAUGUCCUCAUCAAAAAGAACCCAUUUGGGAUUGAAAUUCGCCGGAAGAGUACAGGCACUGUAAUCUGGGACUCUCAGCUCCUCGGCUUCACCUUCAAUGACAUGUUCAUCCGUAUCUCCACCCGCCUGCCCUCCACAUACAUCUAUGGCUUUGGGGAAACUGAGCACACAACCUUCAAGAUAGACCUGAACUGGCACACAUGGGGCAUGUUUUCCAGGGAUGAGCCCCCGGGGUACAAGAAGAAUUCCUAUGGUGUCCACCCUUACUACAUGGGGCUAGAGGAGGAUGGCAACACCCACGGAGUCCUCCUGAUGAACAGCAAUGCCAUGGAUGUGACUUUCCAGCCCAUGCCUGCCCUGACGUACCGCACCACAGGGGGCAUUCUGGACUUCUAUGUGUUCUUGGGCCCAACUCCAGAGCUUGUCACUCAACAAUACACAGAGCUAAUUGGUCGGCCUGUGAUGGUACCUUACUGGUCCCUGGGAUUCCAACUGUGUCGCUAUGGAUACGAGAAUGAUACUGAAAUCGCCAGCUUGUAUGAUGAGAUGGUGGCUAAGCAGAUCCCCUAUGAUGUGCAGUACUCAGACAUCGACUACAUGGAGAGGCAGCUGGACUUCACGCUCAGCCCCAAGUUCUCUGGGCUUCCAGCCCUGAUCAAUCGCAUGAAGGAUAAUGGGAUGCGGGUCAUCCUCAUUCUGGACCCAGCAAUUUCUGGCAAUGAGACAAAGCCCUAUCCUGCCUUCACUCGGGGCGUGGCAAAUGAUGUCUUCAUCAGAUAUCCCAAUAAUGGAGACAUUGUCUGGGGAAAGGUCUGGCCUGAUUAUCCUGAUAUUGUGGUGGACCCCUCUCUAGACUGGGAAAGUCAAGUGGAGCAAUACCGAGCCUAUGUGGCCUUCCCAGACUUUUUCCGUGAUUCAACUGCCCUCUGGUGGAAGAAGGAGAUUGAAGAACUCUACACCAACCCUGAGAAUGCAACAAAGAGCUUGAAGUUUGAUGGCCUGUGGAUUGACAUGAAUGAACCUUCCAGCUUUGUGAACGGGGCAGUUCCUUCUGGCUGCAGUGAUACUACUCUGAACCAUCCGCCCUACAUGCCACAUUUGGAAGGCAGGGACAGGGGCCUGAGCAGCAAGACUCUGUGCAUGGAGAGCGAGCAGAUCCUUCCAGAUGGCUCCCGGGUACGGCACUAUGAUGUACACAGCCUGUACGGGUGGUCCCAGACCAGACCCACCUACGAAGCCAUGCAGGAGGUGACAGGAGAGAGGGGGAUCGUCAUCACACGCUCCACAUUCCCCUCCUCUGGACGCUGGGGAGGACACUGGCUGGGAGAUAACACAGCGGCCUGGGAUCAGCUAGGGAAGUCCAUCAUCGGCAUGAUGGAGUUCAGCCUCUUUGGCAUUUCCUAUACUGGGGCAGACAUCUGUGGGUUCUUUCAAGAUGCUGAGUAUGAGAUGUGUGUUCGCUGGAUGCAGCUGGGCGCCUUUUACCCCUUCUCCAGGAACCACAACACCAUUGGGACCAGGAGACAAGACCCUGUAUCCUGGGAUAAAGCCUUUGAGGAUAUUUCCAGAAGUGUGCUGCAGACCAGAUACACCCUGUUGCCAUAUCUCUACACCUUGAUGCACAAGGCCCACACGGAGGGCAGCACAGUUGUGCGGCCUCUUCUCCAUGAGUUCCUGUCAGAUAGGGAGACCUGGGAUAUAGACAAGCAGUUCCUCCUGGGUCCAGCUUUCCUGGUCAGCCCUGUGCUGGAGUCUAAUGCCAGAAGUGUCAACGCAUAUUUCCCUAAAGGCCACUGGUAUGAUUAUUACACGGGUGCAGAUAUCAAUUCAACAGGACAGUGGGAAACCUUGCCAGCCCCUCUUGAACACAUUAAUCUUCACGUACGAGGGGGUUACAUCUUGCCAUGGCAACAACAUGCCCUGAACACAAACUUCAGCCGGAAGAACCCUCUUGGUCUUGUCAUUGCCCCGGAUGAGAACAAAGAAGCAAAAGGAGAGCUGUUCUGGGAUGAUGGGCAGACAAAGGAUACUGUGGCCAAAAACACUUACCUUUUCAGUGAAUUUUCUGUCACCCAGAACCGUUUGGAUGUGACAAUCUCAAAUCCAAACUACAGGGAUCCCAAUAACCUGGCAUUCCAGGAAAUUAAAAUCCUUGGGACACAGGCAAUUCACAAUGUUAGAGUGAAACAGAAUGGUGUCCUUAUUCAAAUGUCUCCUCAAGUCAGUUACAAUUCAAACCUGAAGGUUGCCACCAUCACAAAUAUUCACCUCAUCCUGGGAGAAGCAUAUACAGUUGAGUGGGAUAUCAUAAGAGACCAGGAAAAGAUAGACUGCUAUCCAGAUGAGCACGGUCUUUCUGAGGCAAACUGCACUGCUCGUGGCUGUAUCUGGGAGGUAUCCAGCUCUUCAGGGGUCCCUUUUUGCUACUUUGCCAAUGAGCUGUACUCGGUCAGCAAUAUUCAGUAUCACCCACAGGAGGCCACAGCCGACAUCUCCUUAAAGGUUUCUCCUUAUAGCAAUGCCUUCCCCUCUACACCCGUGAGUCAACUGCAGCUGAGAGUGACCUACCACAAGAACGACAUGCUGCAGUUUAAGAUCUAUGAUCCUAGCCACAAUCGAUAUGAAGUCCCAGUCCCUUUGAAUAUUCCUAGUGCUCCAUCCAGCACCCCCGAGAGCCGUCUCUAUGAUGUCCUCAUCAAGGAGAACCCAUUUGGGAUUGAAAUUCGCCGGAAGAGUACAGGCACUGUAAUCUGGGACUCUCAGCUCUUUGGCUUCACCUUCAACGACAUGUUCAUCCGCAUCUCCACCCGCCUGCCCUCCACAUACAUCUAUGGCUUUGGGGAAACUGAGCACACAACCUUCAAGAUAGACCUGAACUGGCACACGUGGGGCAUGUUUUCGAGGGAUGAGCCCCCUGGGUACAAGAAGAAUUCCUAUGGUGUCCACCCUUACUACAUGGGGCUAGAGGAGGAUGGCAACGCCCACGGAGUCCUCCUGAUGAACAGCAAUGCCAUGGACGUGACAUUCCAGCCCACACCUGCCCUGACAUACCGCACCACAGGGGGCAUUCUGGACUUCUAUGUGUUCUUGGGCCCAACUCCAGAGAUUGUCACUCAGCAAUACACAGAAUUGAUUGGUCGGCCUGUGAUGGUACCUUACUGGUCCUUGGGAUUCCAGUUGUGUCGCUAUGGCUACGAGAAUGAUGCUGAGAUCGCCAGCUUAUAUGAUGAGAUGGUGGCUAAGCAGAUUCCUUACGAUGUGCAGUACUCAGACAUCGACUACAUGGAGAGGCAGCUGGACUUCACACUCAGCACCAAGUUCUCUGGGCUUCCAGCCUUGAUCAAUCGCAUGAAGGACAAUGGGAUGCGGGUCAUCCUCAUUCUGGACCCAGCCAUUUCUGGCAAUGAGACACAGCCCUAUCCUGCCUUCACCCGGGGUGUGGCGAAUGACGUCUUCAUCAGAUAUCCCAAUAACGGAGACAUUGUCUGGGGAAAGGUCUGGCCUGAUUACCCGAAUAUUGUUGUGGACCCGUCUCUGGACUGGGACAGUCAAGUGGAGCAAUACCGAGCCUAUGUGGCCUUCCCAGACUUUUUCCGUAAUUCAACUGCCCUCUGGUGGAAGAAGGAGAUUGAAGAACUCUACACCAACCCUGAGAAUGCAACAAAGAGCUUGAAGUUUGAUGGCCUGUGGAUUGACAUGAAUGAACCUUCCAGCUUUGUGAACGGGGCAGUUCCUUCUGGCUGCAGUGAUGCUACUCUGAACCAUCCACCCUACAUUCCACACUUGGAAGGCAGGGACAGGGGCCUGAGCAGCAAGACGCUGUGCAUGGAGAGCGAGCAGAUCCUUCCAGAUGGCUCCCGGGUGCGGCAUUAUGAUGUGCACAGCCUGUACGGGUGGUCCCAGACCAGACCCACCUACGAAGCCAUGCAGGAGGUGACAGGAGAGAGGGGGAUCGUCAUCACACGCUCCACAUUCCCCUCCUCUGGACGCUGGGGAGGGCACUGGCUGGGAGACAACACAGCGGCCUGGGACCAGCUGGGGAAGUCCAUCAUUGGCAUGAUGGAGUUCAGCCUCUUUGGCAUUUCCUAUACUGGGGCAGACAUCUGUGGGUUCUUUCAAGAUGCUGAGUAUGAGAUGUGUGUUCGCUGGAUGCAGCUGGGCGCCUUUUACCCCUUCUCCAGGAACCACAACACCAUUGGGACCAGGAGACAAGACCCUGUAUCCUGGGAUAAAGCCUUUGAGGAUAUUUCCAGAAGUGUGCUGCAGACCAGAUACACCCUGUUGCCAUAUCUCUACACCUUGAUGCACAAGGCCCACACGGAGGGCAGCACAGUUGUGCGGCCUCUUCUCCAUGAAUUUGUGUCAGACCGGGAGACGUGGAAUAUAGACAGACAGUUCCUGCUGGGUCCAGCCUUCCUGGUCAGCCCUGUGCUGGAGCCUAAUGCCCAGACCAUCCGUGCAUAUUUCCCCACAGCCCUCUGGUAUGACUACUACACGGGUGCAGAUAUUACUCCAACAGGAGAGUGGAAGACCUUACCUGCCCCUCUUGAGCACAUCAAUCUUCACGUCCGUGGUGGCUACAUCCUACCGUGGCAACAACCUGCCCUGAACACUCACUUAAGCCGGAAGAACCCUCUUGGUCUUAUCAUUGCCCUGGAUGAGAACAAAGAAGCAAGAGGAGAGCUGUUCUGGGAUGAUGGGCAGACAAAGGAUCUCACAACCAAUAAUGUUCUAUGUAAAUUUUCAGCCACUCAAAACCGCCUGGAUGUGAGCUCUUUAGGAUCAACCUACAUGGACCCUGAUAACUUAUCAUUUCAAGAGAUUAAAAUUUUUGGAACAGAGGCACUUUACAAUGUUAGAGUGAAACACAAUGGUGCCAUAACUCAGAUGUCUCCUCGAGUCACUUAUGAUCCUAACGUGAAGGUUGUAGUUAUUACAGGCAUCCAGCUUCUCCUGAGAGAAUCAUACACGGUGGAGUGGGAUGACAGCAUAAGGGAUGAGGAGAAGAUAGACUGCUACCCAGAUCAGGAUGGAGCUUCUGAGGCAAGCUGCACUGCCCGAGGCUGUGUCUGGAAGGCAUCCAGCUCUUCAGGGGUCCCUUUUUGCUACUUUGUCAAUGAGCUGUACUCGGUCAGCAAUAUUCAGUAUCACCCACAGGAGGCCACAGCCGACAUCUCCUUAAAGGCUUCUCCUUAUAGCAAUGCCUUCCCCUCUACACCCGUGAGUCAACUGCAGCUGAGAGUGACCUACCACAAGGACAACAUGCUACAGUUUAAGAUCUAUGAUCCUAAUCACAAGCGAUAUGAAGUCCCAGUCCCUUUGAACAUUCCCAGUGUUCCAUCCAGCACCCCUGAUGGCUGUCUCUAUGAUGUCCUCAUCAAGGAGAACCCAUUUGGGAUUGAAAUUCGCCGGAAGAGUACAGGCACUGUAAUCUGGGACUCUCAGCUCCUCGGCUUCACCUUCAACGACAUGUUCAUCCGCAUCUCCACCCGCCUGCCCUCCACAUACAUCUAUGGCUUUGGGGAAACUGAGCACACGACCUUCAAGAUAGACCUGAACUGGCACACGUGGGGCAUGUUUUCCAGGGAUGAGCCCCCGGGGUACAAGAAGAAUUCCUAUGGUGUCCACCCUUACUACAUGGGGCUAGAGGAGGAUGGCAACGCCCACGGAGUCCUCCUGAUGAACAGCAAUGCCAUGGAUGUGACAUUCCAGCCCACGCCGGCUCUGACAUACCGCACCACGGGAGGGAUUUUGGAUUUCUAUGUAUUUCUGGGGCCAACUCCUGAGCUUGUCACUCAACAGUACACAGAGUUGAUUGGUCGGCCUGUGAUGGUACCUUACUGGUCCCUGGGAUUCCAGCUGUGUCGCUAUGGAUAUGAGAACGAUUCUGAAAUUGCCAGCUUGUAUGAUGAGAUGGUGGCUAAGCAGAUCCCCUAUGAUGUGCAGUACUCAGACAUCGACUACAUGGAGAGGCAGCUGGACUUCACGCUCAGCCCCAAGUUCUCUGGGCUUCCAGCCCUGAUCAAUCGCAUGAAGGACAAUGGGAUGAGAGUCAUCCUCAUUCUGGACCCAGCGAUUUCUGGCAAUGAGACAAAGUCCUAUCCUGCCUUCACCCAGGGCGUGGCAAAUGAUGUCUUCAUCAGAUAUCCCAAUAACGGAGACAUUGUCUGGGGAAAGGUCUGGCCUGAUUACCCUGAUAUCAUUGUGGACCCUUCUCUAGACUGGGACAGCCAAGUGGAGCAAUACCGAGCUUAUGUGGCCUUCCCAGACUUUUUCCGUACCUCAACUGCCACGUGGUGGAAAAAGGAGAUUAAAGAACUCCACACCAACACACAGAACCUGACAAAGAGCUUGAAGUUUGAUGGCCUGUGGAUUGACAUGAAUGAGCCUUCCAGCUUUGUGAACGGGGCAGUUCCUUCUGGCUGCAGUGAUGCUACUCUGAACCAUCCACCCUACAUGCCACAUGUGGAAGGCAGGGACAGGGGCCUGAGCAGCAAGACGCUGUGCAUGGAGAGUGAGCAGAUCCUUCCAGAUGGUUCCCGGGUACGGCACUAUGAUGUGCACAGCCUGUACGGGUGGUCCCAGACCAGACCCACCUAUGAAGCCAUGCAGGAGGUGACAGGAGAGAGGGGAAUUGUCAUCACACGCUCCACAUUCCCCUCCUCUGGACGCUGGGGAGGACACUGGCUGGGAGACAACACAGCGGCCUGGGACCAGCUGGGGAAGUCCAUCAUCGGCAUGAUGGAGUUCAGCCUCUUUGGCAUUUCCUAUACUGGGGCAGACAUCUGUGGGUUCUUUCAAGAUGCUGAGUAUGAGAUGUGUGUUCGCUGGAUGCAGCUAGGCGCCUUUUACCCCUUCUCCAGGAACCACAACACCAUUGGGACCAGGAGACAAGACCCUGUGUCCUGGGAUAAAGCCUUUGAAGAUAUUUCCAGAAGUGUGCUGCAGACCAGAUACACCCUGUUGCCAUAUCUCUACACCUUGAUGUACCAGGCCCACAUGGAUGGCAGCACAGUUGUGCGGCCUCUUCUCCAUGAAUUUGUGUCAGACCGGGACACCUGGAAUAUAGACAGACAGUUCCUGCUGGGUCCAGCCUUCCUGGUCAGCCCUGUGCUGGAGCCUAAAGCCAGAACUGUUUCUGCAUAUUUCCCCAGUGCCCGCUGGUAUGACUACUACACGGGUGUAGAUAUUAAUGCAAGGGGACAGAGGAAGAUUUUGCAAGCCCCUCUUGAGCACAUUAAUCUUCAUGUCCGUGGGGGCUACAUUCUGCCCUGGCAGGAGCCUGCCAUGAACACCCAGUUGAGCCGUCAGAAGUUUAUGGGCCUCAAGGCUGCCUUGGAUGAUGAGGGACUUGCUAAGGGCUGGCUCUUCUGGGAUGAUGGGAAGAGCAUCGAUACCACAAAACAGUACUAUUUGGCCAGUUUCUCUGUCAGCCAGAAUGCAUUGCAGAAAGAUGAAAUUGUUAACAGUUACGUCACCGAUAUAGCACCUUUGUACCUAGGCUACAUUGAAAUAUGGGGAUUGGGCAGUGUUUCUAGUGACAGCGUGAGGAUCUCUUGGAGCAACAUCAGUGAAGCAGUUGCCUACAACUACAACACCACAAGCCAGAUAUUAAGUCUUAAUGUGACUGACAGAAGAAUCAGCCUACAUGCCUUCAAGUCACUGACAUGGAGCUCUUCAUAAAUGUUUAGAGCAAGACAUUAUAAACAAAUUUAAAUUACUUAUACUUCAUAAUUAUAUAAAUAUUGUGUAUCAUCAACUGUUUUAUUGCCAGCAUGACUAGAAUGUUUUAUGAAUUUUUGUUAUUUUUUAUUGUGUAUAACUCUCAAUGAUGGUAGCUCUGGGUCACUUUAAUGGACCUAUAUAAUUAGUAUGGUAUAUAUGGUUCAUCAUAUGACAUUCAUUGAAGAUGUGAAGAUGAAAGUGGUCCACGAUGAUGAACUGUGUGUGUGUG